AAUUUCCUUAUCCAUCUUAGAGUAAUAUUCUAACUAAAGCUUCAAGAAAUACAGAAGAAGAAAGAAACCCAGACCAGAGAGAAAGUGAUCAUGUCUGAUAUUGCUAUGUUGGUUGCAGAAGAGUAUGAGAGGAGGAUCAAGAACUCAAGGAAGGCAAGUGGUGCUGCAGCUGCUGAAGGAGGAGGAGGAGAAUUGGAGAUUAGAUUUGGUACUUCUUGGGUGUCUAAUUUUGGUCAGAAGAUGAAGAAAUUGAGUGAGCAAAUCAACAAGAUGGAGCCUAAAACCCAGAUUGGUGUUGCAGCCACUGAUGGGUUCUUCUCUGCUUGAUUUCUUCUUCUUUUUUCACUUUUGGUGUGUAAGAGAAACUGUAGAUGGUAUUCACUUGUGUUUUGUGCAUAUUACUUAAUUUUUGGUUUGGUUUAGGGCCUUUGCUCUAAUCAAUGAAAGAUUACUGGAUUAGAAUCUGGAUCCAGAUCUAUCUCU